GGGCGUGUCCGUAAGAUAAUAGGAUGCAGUGUAGCCGGAACAGUAACCAUGGCUGCAGAUGGACAAUGGGGUAGCCCCGCCCCUCUGCUACCAUGUGACUAGGAACUACCUCCCCCCGAGUGCACCGCUCUCUGACCAAUGUAUCGUGUUCCUGUGUGAGGGGAGCCCUGAGAGGCCGCAGCAGAAUCGAACUGAGAAAUCAGAGUGUUAAUGAGAAGUUACUUGAGGUGAGGCAUGCUACAGAUUACCUGAGGAUGGACAAUGACAGGAGUCUGAUUACUGAGAGGAUACUAAAUCUUACCCUGGAGAUUAUCUACAUGCUGACUGGGGAGGGUUACACUGUAGUGAAGAAGACAUCAGGUGAGUUUGAGACACCCAGCAGCCACUCCCUUUUGUCAGGAGGAUUGAGCAGGACCCAGAUCCCCAUCACGGUGCCUCCGCCUUACUCACUGAUACAUGAGAGACAAAAUGACCAGAAGAUCCUGGAACUCACCGAGAAGAUCAUUCAGCUGCUGACUGGAGAGGAGGGGGAGUAUAUAGAGGAACACAGGGGUCUGUACAAGGAUGUGAUGAUGGAGAAUCACCGGCCCCUCACAUCACUUGAUAAGAGGAGACUGUCAUGUAUUGUACAGGGGAGAGCAGAUGGUCCCAGUAACAGAGAUAGCCCAGAGAGAUGUUCCCAGGACUGUACCGAGGAGAAUCACAGGAUCCCACAAGAGGAUCAUGUAGCAAGAAGAAUUGACUAAUACUAAAAGAGAAGAUAUAGAGGAAGAAGAAGAGACGUAUGUGACUGCUAUUAAGUCAGAAUAUAUAGAAGGAGAAGAGAUGUAUGUGAGAGG